CGCUACCCUGCCUAUCCUUUGCGUGAAAGACUUCUGAAGCGCUCCUAGCACCGGCCAUUCUCCCCAAUCUAUGCGUCUCGUCUCUCCCCCCUCCUACUCUCACAGCCUCCCCCAAUCCCGUCUCUCUUGCCGCCUCUGUACUCCAAUCCCAGUCGCCGGCCUUGAGAUCCAACCCCUCCCUUCAAAAUUUAAACCGCGAUGCCGCAUGGCCCGAUUACUCCCGAGGUUCCCAUCCCUUUCACCAGAUUCAGUUUUUGCCGCCCUAUUCGCUCCUCGUCGCAAGUACUGCGUGAAGUUCAUACGCACUGCCAAGUCGCUCGCUCACCCGCACGGGAACGAGGAAGCCGCAAACCCGUGCUCGCUCGCCGUGCCAGGGAUUGCGUGGAGGACGCUAUCCUUCCCGUACGCUCGCUCGCCAUCGUUGAGCCUCUUGGAGCUCGCAUCCCCUACGGGCGAGCUCGGCCAGGGACUGCAGCGCCAUCUCACCUUCGCAGCGCGGCGCUCCGUCCACGAGCAAGCAGACAGUUCGUCUUGGUCUAAGCUGCCUUUUCCCCUUCCAUCCGAGCACAUCGGCCUCUUCGGACACUCACUUCCUGUACGUCUCCACAAGGGGUGGAGCUGAGCCCGGGUGCUGAAACGCCCUACUCCUUUUACAUUGCUAACUUUAUAACUUCUCGUAGACGAAGAUUCAUUUGCAAAAUGCCUCAAUGUCCAAGCCAACGGUCUACUAAAGGAAAAGAAGUGGUGGAGGAACAUAACAAUAGAAAGAGGUCUCGUCGUAAUAUUGCAGCGAGCGCUCCAACACAAUUGGUAAUACAUGAGCCGUCCAACUCAAGAACAUCGAGUGGAACAUCCUCUGAUGGUGAAGAUGUUCAGAACGAGUUAGCUGCAAGUUUUCCUACUCGCAGCAUCCUCACAUCAAUCAAAGGCUUUGAACAAGGAGAGAGCUCGAAGGGACGGAAGCGUUCCCGUGAAUCUACUCGCUAUGCUAACCUUACACCGGAACAAAACCAAGCAAGGCGUGAUCGUGAGAGAGUGCGCCGUCAAUGUUUAGCGCCUGAGGUUAGGGAAGAGAUCAAUGCUCGCAGGAGAGCGCGUAGGAAGAGUUUAACACAUGAAGAAAGGAAUGCACGCCAACAAGCACGUAGGCAAAGUUUGACAGCAGAGCAGAGGGAAGUGAUGAAUGCACGUACAAGAAAACAUAGGCAAAGCAUAACACCUGAAGAGAGGCAGGCACUGCUUGCUAAACGCAGGAUGAGCUAUGCAGCUAGGCGGGACACACCAUGUGAUGAAUCCAUUGCAGUGCGAUGCCCUGAGGCACGUGGUGCUUCACGAGCGGAAAACCCAUCCUCAUACACUCCCACACUCACCAUUGGAACCGAGGGUAAGGUUCUCACCCCUACUCACUUUUGUUGCCUCGAGGGGUGUUUCAUUAGCUACUGUCUACAAUCAUUCGUGAGUAACUUCAUGGACGAGGAUACCAUCCUUGAUGAGAUUAUGGAUGAGGAGUACUACAUUUUUUCGGGUGAAGCCGAGCAAGUUGGUGAGGAUGUAAAUUUUGAUGAAGCACAAGAUGCCUCGGUCGUAGGCUCAAGUGUAUUUGAUCCAUAUGAGAUAGUAUACUCAAACAUCCCUAAUAGCACGCACACACUUAAGCAUGUCGCAAACUGCAAGCACUGUGACGCCAAGAAAUUCGAGUAUGAGACAAAGUCCUUCUGCUGUCAGAAUGGUAAAAUCAAGCUAGCAAACCCAGAGCCCAUUCCAGAACUAAUGAGGCUCUGAUCAAGUGCAGAUGCGAGAUAUUUUCGUGAUAACAUUAGGUUCUUUAACUCACACUUCUCCUUCACCACCCUUGGUGUCAAUCUUGACAACAACUACACAAAUAUGCGAUCAGGCGUGUACACAUUUCGUGCGCAUGGCCAGAUUUACCACAAUAUCCAUUCAUUUGGGUUGAGGGAUUCAGGCCCAGACCAUCUGCAAUUGUAUUUCUACGAUGAUGAUCCCAGUCUACAACAUCGCUUUCGGCACUCCCCAGGACUCGACCAGGACAUCAUUAGAAAGUUGGUCAACAUCCUUAGGGACAACCCCUAUUCUCAGACAUUCAGGAGUCUUGGACAGGUUGAGAAACUUGAGGAGUACCGAAUAUCCUUAAACACUGACCAGAGGUUGGACCAACGGACGUAUAAUGUGCGAGUGUCAUCGGAGGUGGCUGCAGUGUGGGUUGAGGGCAAUGACUUGAUUAGGAAGUUUGAUCGCAGCAUUAUCUUAUAUGGGAACAACAACAGCAAGUACGCUAUACAACCAUAUUAUGGUUGCUACGACCCCCUCUCAUACCCUCUUUUCUUUCCUAGAGGGGAACUUGGUUGGCAUCCAAAGAUCCCAAAGGUUGGUGUAUCCUUGGAUGCGGUAUUACAGUCUAAUGAAAAUGAAGAUGAUGAAUCAGGUUAGUCUUUUUCUAUAAUUUUGUGUUUUCCCUUAGAUCUAUACUUGUGAUAGCCUAACUUUUCCUCUUCGCUUUUAAGUAGAAUGAGUGCUCGAUUGUGCGUCUCUGUUAGACACUACUACUGUUAUAGGUUACAAACACGCCCUGCGAUAUUCAACCCAAUAUUACAUGGCAAGCGCCUAUUUCAGCAGUUUGCAGUCGAUAUGUAUAUCAAGGUCGAGGGCACUAGACUAGACUGGGUUAGGAAUCACCAGAAAGAGAUACGUGCAGACUUGUACAAAGGUGUCAUUGGCAUGGUUUUGUUUGUAAGUUCUAUGGGACACAAGGACAGUUUCUACAACCGAAGGAUCCAAGUGAGAAAUAUCAUUCUGCUAGAUGACACGUAUAUCUAUCUUAUGGUUUAGAAUUAUUUGAAUAAUUCAAAGAUUUUAUGUUUUUCUUCUAAUAUUACUUGAUUUUAUAGCUACAAUAUUGUCAAGUUAGUUGUAUGGGACAAGUUAGUGACUGAUAAUCUAAGUACAUGGGAAACACUGGCCGAGGAGCGUGCUAUUGUCGUGGCAACAAUGUUACGUGCAAACCGCAUUGACCGUGGCCUGCAUACUACGGACUAUAGUAGGAUGCACUUUCACCCAAACAUCAUAGCCGCACAUAAACUGAGGCAAAGGAUCAAUAAUGAUGUGUCUGGACCAGCAUCUCCAUGAAUCAAAAGAAGAUGGUGAAUGGAGUCAUGAAGCAAAAUUGGAAAAUAGGAGAAUGUGUUGCAUAAGCUAGACUGAGCUGCUUUUGGAUUGUGUUAAUCGACUUUUGCUUAAAUUUGGGUGUAUGAGUCGUUAAAAAUCUGUUCGGUGCUUUUGUAAUCGUUGAUGUAACUGAAACUGAGUUUCACCUACAACGUGAAAUCUUAUGAUGGUGUAAUGCCAAGACAACUUCAUCUGAGAAAUCAAGUUGUUGUGUUUUCUAGGCAAA